AUUUGUGAAAAAAAUCAUAAAAAAAUUUAAAAAUGUCUCAAAAUCUUACAACCAAAAAAGAAUUAAAGCUGAGUGCUCCUUUUGAGCCUACAACGACCACAUCUACACGAUCACAAUAAGGAUAUUAUCCUACAUAAUAUUCAUAAAAUUAUUACUCUUCUUCACUUUAAUAAGGUUAACAACCAAUUCUUGGAUAAGGAAAUACUUUGGGCUCUUUAUCUCUUAUGGACAAUAGUGACAAACCUUAAAAAUCAAACCCCACAACAAUAAACAAUAUAGAUGAUAAAUAAUAAGCACCAACAACUACAUAAAUUAAGCCAAAAAGAAAACUAGUGUUAAGUAACAAGCAAAUGUUUGUACCAGAUCAAAAUUUAGAAAAAUAAGUAUUGGAUUUAAUUAACGAUAGGCUGAUGAAAAAUUAAAAAAAUUAGAGGAAACAAAGAAAUUAGAGGAAGAAAGAAAAAAGCAAGAAUAGGAAUAAGAAUAACAAAGAUUACUUGAAUUGAAAAAACCAAAGCCUUAUACUAAAGAGGAUCUUAAAAAAUUUGUUGAUAAGAUUAAUGUAAUUUUAAAAAUAAUCAUUUAGGAUUUCAGUGGAUAUUUUGAUAAAUAAGAGUGGUAAAUUUUGAAAGAAAGGAAACACUUUAAUAUUAAAGAAUUACAAAAUAAGCCCUCAUAAAGAAAAGAUGGCAAACCAAAUUCUUACGAUAAAUAAACAAUUAAGUCAUAGCCAAGACCUUCAACUAAUAAAACAGACAGAACAACUCCUGUUUAACCAUUUGAUAGAGCAAGAGAAUAACCAGUAAAUGAAGCUCAACCAAAGAUUAUUAUUGUUAGAGUAGUUGAAGACAUUUAAACUAAAUAAUUAAAAGAUAAAAUGAAAACGUAGGCAGAAGUCUUUUUUUAAAAUUUGAAUCAAACUCCAGAAUAGAAAGAGAUAAUCUUUAAGGAACUUAGAUAUAGAUUAAAUCAAUUAGCACCUGAUAAUUUCGAUUUGACUUCUUAAAACAUUCUAAAAAUUGUCAUAGAAAAGUAACUAUAUUUUCCAUUUAUUUUUAGUUAGAGUGAUAAAGAUUAAACUUAUUUGGAAUAUCUGGCUUAAAAAAUUAUUGAAAAAUCUUAAACCGAACCCAAAUAUAGAAAACUAUAUACAAAAUUAUGUUAGCUCUUAAUUAAGGAACCUAAACUCACAAUUUAGAAAGAAAAAGAUGGAAAAUCUAAAAAUGUUUCACUAUUUAAAAAUUAACUUUUGAAUUAAGUUCAAUCAGUAUUCGAUGAUAGAAAGAAUAAAAAAGAAGAUCUUUCUCAUAUGAAACCUGAAGAAAGGGAAUAAUAUCAUUUAAUUAGAAAAUAAAAAAUUAUGGGAAGUAUUUACUUAAAUAAAACCAAUAGAUGUACGUUUUAUUGGAGACUUAUUUUUAUCCAAAUUACUACCAAUUUUAGCUGUCGAGUAUGCUAUCAGAGAAUUAAUUUCUGAUUAUGUGGCCUAAUUUUAACCAAACCAAGAAAACAGUGAAGAAUCCAUUGAAGGUUUGAUUGAAUUAUUAGAUCAAAGUAAUUUUAUAAAAAAAAUUUAUAGUUGGUGGAACUUACAAAGGAUAAAUUACAUAAGAUUUUGAUGUUUUAAAAAAGGAUCUUGAAUAAUUCUUUGAUGGAACAAACAAGAACCUAGAUGACACUAAAACUUAUUUAUCAAAGAAACUUGAAAAAAAUCUUUCUAUCGAUAUUAUUAUGGAAAUGUAUCAACUUUGCUUAAUAUAUUAGAUUUAAUUUACUUAUCACAAAAUAUAAGCUUUCCUAAAGAAUUUCUAUGUUAAUAGAAAAUGUUUAAGAAAGGAAAAAUCAAGGCUGGAAGGACCAUUAUAGUCGAUAAGAUUAAGCUUAGAGUGUAAAAGCAAUUCAUCAAGAAUAAGAAAAGGAAAUUAUUGAACAAAAUUAUAAUCAAAGUAAAACUAAGAACAAGAAGUAUGCAAAUUAAUAAGUGCUUUAUGUUGAAAAAAGUCCAAAUUAAUAGUCAUAAAAGUAAUAAUUAUUUGACUUAAAUGAAUUGGCAAUAUUUGUAUAAGGAACUUUUAAAAUGGAACCUUAAUAAUAAGAAGCAAAACUUCUUGAAGAAUUAAAAAGAAUUGGAUCAUCAGAUGAAGCAAUCUAAAAAUUCUUUGAAAUAUUCUUUGAAUAACUUCUUUCAUGUAUAGAAUUAAAUAAUAAUUUUAGAUAGACUAUUAAAGCGAAAUAUUGAAAGAGCUUAAAUGGUUUAUGAAUUGUUGAGUAAAGCAGAGGCUAAAGAUGAAAUUGUAAAAAAGGCCACUUAAAAGGUAAAUAAAUAAUAAUAUAUUUAGGCUUUGAAUGAAGAUAAAGUAUAUGAUUUGGCUGAAUCUCCAAUUGCAAUCGAUUUAUUGGUUGACAUCAUUGGGUUUUUCUUAAAUGAUUCAGAUAUCAAUUCAUUAAAAAAGUUAUACUUCAAACCUGAACAAGAUAUUAAAGACUUUAAUGAAUUCAUGACUGAGGUCGCCAAUUAAUUAAUUGAAAAAUAUUCUGAUAAUGUUAAUAUAAUUAAGGAAUACUUUGAAAUCCUAGGUUAUUAGAUUUGA